AUGCGGUAAGAAGCGUCAACACCGACGGCCACGAUUCGGAGGAUCCAUCAGUCUCGCCUGGUCUCCGCUCUCGAGUACACACGCCCUCAUGCGCUCUUUGACUCUCUUCGUCUUCUUUGUAAGUUUCCUUGAAUUUAUUUCGCCAUUAGUUCAUUUUCAUGUUAAAUUCAAACUGGAUGUCUCAAAUUUCAAUAGAGUUGGCGGUAACGUGCAGUUGGAACAUGGGCUUAAAAAUCUAGUUUUUGAAAGCUUUCAGAAAAAAAAUUGAGGCAUAUUUUCUAAAAAAAAUAGCGAUUUAUGGAAGUUGAGGCUUUCAGAACAUUCAUCGUUUGAAGAAGAUUUUUGAGCGGGAAUUCGAAAUUUCCAGUUUUACUCAUUGGAUGAGCUUGUCUAUAAAACUAUUUCUUUUUUUAGAACCGAAUAAUUUUUCGAGGUUUUUUUCUUCAAAUUAUUUAAUUUUUCUUACGUAUUAUUCUUUUUCGGAAUUCUUUCAAAUUGAACUUCAGUAAAAAAAUUAAAAGGUCUGGGAACAAAAAAAUAAUGAAAAAAAAUGUUGUCACUGUAUAGAAAAAUUUUUUUGAUAUUAGGUUUUUCUCUUCUUAUUUUUUUGAAUUGUAAUUUUUUUCUAUUAAAAAGCAGCUUUAAAAAAUGAGUCUUAAAAUCUUUUAUCUUUCUUUGCACUUCGCAGAAAGUUCCACGAGAAAAUUGAGAUUAAAAAUAAUUCUAUACUUUUCAGACUUCAAUCGUCAGUACCACCUCACUGGAUUGGUGUGAGUACUGGACUCGGAUGGGAAAACAGGUGAGAUUCCAGGUUUUUAGCGUUUCAAAUUCAAUAAAUUUUCAGAGUGAACGCCCGGAAUGCGUCGGAUUCCAGCUGCAACCGGGAGAAGCUCAAAAUGCGCCCACCAAACGUCCGACACCAGCCCCUCAACCGACAAUCGGUAAACGUUGUUUUUUGUCGUUGAAAAUCUUGUGGUGAGCUUAAUUUUACGUCUUCUGCAUCUUAGCCGGGUUAUACCGCAUCUUGUUUCGUGCGCCAUCAUUUCAGAAAAGAAAAUGACAUUUUUGAGCCGUUAUAACUGCACUGGUAGGAAAUAAUGAGAAAAAAAGUUCCUUGACCGGAAUCAGAAGGCAGAAAAAAUAACUAACGUGUGAGCGUGAAAUCGGCAAACUCCUAAUUGACGUCCCUUCGUAUUUGUUUUGUAAAAUCUCAUAAGUAUGGUCAUCUGAGCCUGUGUGCAGUAAAAUGAUACAGCGUCUAUCCAGAAAUGGUAAAUGGCCUGAAAUCGCUAAUUAGUUCGAAUAAUUUUGAUAGCUUUGAGUGACUCCUAUAGACAUUUCUGUGAAGGAAAAAACUUAUUUCGACUUUCGAAACCAAUUCUUAGCCAUCUACUAUGUUCUUGCAAACGGAAUUUGAUUGAAGGAAGCUCGACAUGGCAAAAGCUCAGUUUUUCGACUUGCUACCUCAAUUAUAAUGAUGAAGAAGUUGCAGGCGACCCGAUCCAAUGUCCUUCCGGGGAGAUGUAUUCGUGCAUCGACUGCGAGCCGACCUGCCACAACCUGGUGCCGAAAUGUCGCAAGGUACGACGGCCCUUCUUCGCCAUCUUCACCAUCAGAGACGUCCGAGUGCAGCGGAGCGUCGAGGUAGUCGUGCCGAGUCCAGCUCUUUCCGCUUCUUGAGUGUGUGUUUCCGUGUGUUCUACAGUCUGUUCAGAUUUUGAAUGUCAAGUCGUCACUCAAGCUCCGCCCCUAACCGAUCAGAGCAUUUUCGAAUGACGUCAUUGUUCUUGACAUUCAAAUCUGAACAGAAUAUAACGCUGUUUUGAGUGCCUUGAAUCAAAAGAAAAACGACAUUUCCGACGUUUUUGUGUGGCUUGACUCGCCGAUGCUUCGCUGCUCCUCUUACUGGACGUCUUCCAGUUCUUUCCAAAUUAAUUUCAAUCAAUUCAGGAACAGUGCAAUAAGGGUUGUGUCUGUAAGAUGGGGCUGGCCCGGGGCAGCCGUGGGAAGUGUAUUCCCUUCAGAGAAUGCGCCAGUCACGCUCCGCCUCAGGAGGAAGGAACCGUCAUGCAGAGUGGGUUUUUCAUCACUAUAAAUUGAUAGAAACAGCCUUCGAGAUAGAUGAAGUUUUACUGCUUUACUUCGAUUUUUUCUUUUUUCCAUUAGUUUUGAUAAAACGAUUUUUUCAGUUUUUCGAAAAUCAUAGGCUCGGAAAGUAUAAACUCCAAAAAUAGAAAAAUUUUCACGACUUAAAAAAAGCCAUUUUUUAAAAAUAAAUUUACUGUUAGGGGAAAACGAGCUGGUCAUUUUCCGUUGAAAUUUUUUUUUCCCAAUAAAUCAAAAGUUUUUUUUUGAAGUUUGCUAACUGGGUUUUCGGUCUUCCUUUCUGUUUUCAAUUUGACUUUCCCUUGGUAUUAUUCAAUUUUUUUCCUCUACAUAAAUGAUAGUUCUUUGCCCUGAUAUUUUUUCAGGACUCAGAUGAUGUUUUUUGAUAUUUCUUUUUAAUGCAUUUUUCCUAACCUGAGGCGAUAAGACCAUAUCUUCGAAAUCGGAUUAGCAAAAUGCUUUUUGGAGCGAAAAUAGGAAAUUUCAUUAAUUGAAGGAUAUUUUUGGUUUUGAUCUCAAUGGUUUGGGUCUCUCUGAAGAGAAAGCUACAGAUUUUGUAUCCAAUUUUUCAAAUUUCAAGACGUGUAUUUUUUCGAUUCUGUGAUUCAAGAUGCCCUCAGGGACUAUGAAAGAAGUAAUUUAUGCUCAAAAACUUACACAAUGUCUUUAAUGGAUGAUUUGGAACCCUUUUUGAAGCCCAUAUUCGGAAUGAGCUUGAAUAACUACGUCUAGUGAUCAUACAAUAAUUCAGAAGUCUCCCUGCGAUGUACUAAAUCUUUUACGGAGAAAAUCGACUUUUAGCUGUCCGGAAAAUGGUUCCCGUCAUUGUGAACGACGUCUGGAAGGCCUUUUUCGCCUCGAUCCGUCCGACGACAACUGAAGAUUCCUUCCAGCAACCCCAGCUCAAGCCUGUCAACGAAACAAAUCCGCCGGAACCGGAGAUCACCGGAAGUCCUAUCCACGCCUGA